UAGGUGGCGGUGUAUGCACUUGUCAGUCAAUUGCGAUUCGCCAAUACAUUUUAAGAUGAUGAUGAUGAAGAAGAAAGGCAACGCAACUACUGUAGUACGUUUUGAGUUGGCCUGCCUGCUUGCUAUAUCCUGGAAACUUUUUUUUUUAUUGCUAUAUAUAAGACACAGGCUACAUUGUAGCCAAUAUGUUUCUGUCCGUAGAGUGGCCAGUUUAGAUUGUUGUAGCAUAUAUUUUUGCCGUGAAACCAUAUUCAACUACAUUUAAAGACGUUGGAUGUUUUUUUUAAUUGUUUGACUUUACAUAAGGCGUCUGAAAAAAAUGAAAGUGUCUUUCGUCGUGUGUGUGCUGAGCACCAUGGUAGUUUCUUGUUCGGGAGAAAAUAGUCGCUUCGAGAAGUCAUUCAACUCUUCCCCGGGAAUGAUGCAAGUCCUCCGGGAGACGCUCACGGAUUUGUCCGAGGAGGCGCACGGUUACCUGGUCCACCUUGUCGGGGCGCGGUCCGUUGAAACUGCACAGAAGUGUUUCUUUCAGGGACUCAAGUAUCUGGCUGAGGCAGCGGCCAGUGGAGUGAAUGUGGUUAUGAAGUACCUCGCCCAGUUCCUGAUGGCAGCAGGAGUUGAUGUUGAAAUGCCUGUUAACAGUAUCACCCCAGAUGCUGUGGUCUAUAUCAGUCAGUGGCUUCUGCUGGCUCUCAUUGGCUACUGGCUGCUGUCCCUGGCCUUCCGAUUGGUGGCGUCCACUCUGAGGCGGGUCCUGUGGCUACUGAAGCUGGGUGUGGUUUUAGGACUGUUUUGCCUGAUUCUAAGUGACCGCAGUGCUGGAACAGAGACUACGGCGCUGCGAUUGGCCGGCCUGGUGAGCGUCUGCGUCCUAUUGGGUAUCGGGCAUUCUGGCACCGGAGGCGACAAAACCUACCUGGAGGAUCAAGUGAGGGUGCUAGAGAGACGAGUGAGAGAAAUGGAGAGGAGGAAAGAGAAGUGAGGGGUGGAUGGAUGGGAACUGAAAGGCCUUGUUUUGUACAUUAAUCUAGGUCUAGGAUUGUAACGAGGACGUUGUACAUAAAGUUUUGUUUAAAAAAAAAAAAAAGCACUUUGCCUUUUUCAUAAAGAUCUUAGUUAAUUUGUGUGUGAAACAGAAUUGACAGCAAAUAUGAUUGGCUUGUUUUAAAGGAAGCAGACGGACAGAGUAUGGUGUUUUCUGUUUAUUGAGGUGGAUAUAUGCAUGUCGUACAGACUAUUCUACUAUAAAUGCUUUUGAUAUACGUAGAAUAGAAACACACUAAACAUUCCAUAAGGUCUAACGAUAUGGCAUUGGAAAUUUUGUCUACACUGAUCACCUUUCAUUUUACAUUUACAUUUUACCAGACGCUCUUAUCCAGAGCGACUUACAGUAGUGAGUGCAUACAUUUCAUUUCAUGCAUUUUUUUUUUUUUUGUAUUUUUUUUUUUGUACUGGCCCCCCGUGGGAAUCGAAACCACAACCCUGGCGUUGCGCACACACACGAUGCUGGUGUUGCAAACACCAUGCUGUACCAACUGAGCCACAGGGAAGCCUGAGCCACUCCUUUCCAGUUACGGCAGCAUACAACACAAACAACUUCUCAAAUAAAACAAACGGAUACAUACUUCCUAUUAAACUACA